AGGGUAAAGUUUAUGUCAGGCAGUAUUUUGAAAGUUCAAAAUUAAUUGGAUUUCCAGAGAAAGAGAGAGAAGAAGAAGAAGUAUCCAUCAGACACCACCAUUAAUGUCCUCUGUUUUAGAAAGAUCAGGAAAUAUCACACCUCUUUACUAGAAACUUUCUCUUUUCAUCAAAAUUUUUACAUUUCUCUUUCUCUCUCCCUGUAAAUUUCUUGCUAGCUUUAAUUUUGGUUUUAGUUGUCUAUAUAUAUUGGAGAUCCAAAAAUAAAUAUAUAUUAGAUUUCAUCUUUCAUCAAUGUAAUGAGCAAUCUAGGUUUCCAUGGUGAGAGGCGAUAUUACUGCUCCGAGAUUUCCGAUCUAGUUAUUGUUUCUUGAAAUUCUGAUUGUGUAAAUAAAGGUGAAGCUGAGAAAAUGGAUAGAUUUCAACACAAGAGAUCUUAUGGAAGAGAUAAACAACAACAUUAUCAAUCAUCAACUAAGGUCAGAAACUAUUCUGAUCCACCAGCUAACGUGAUUUACACUCAUAGACCUUCUUCUACAGGAAAUUCUCAAAUAAGAAGACAUGUAGAUGCUUUAGAUGCGGUAUCUGAUACUGGUUCUUGCAGUAGCGGUCUAAGUGAGGACGAUUCUUUUGGGUUUGAGUUGAGACAGGGUUCUACUAGGAGGACUAGUGAAACACGGAUAAAAAAACUAGUGGCAGAAGAGUUGGCAAAGGAAAUGGAUUCCAGACGACGUUCUCCCAGUGUUAUUGCACGUCUGAUGGGUCUUGAUGUACCACCACCUGAGCAACCAACUCAUAAACAAGAGAAAAAGUUUUCAGAGAGUUAUCAAAGGAGAACUGCCGCUAUUGGUUUUGUGGAGAAAAACUCAUCACAAGAUGCUAGGUCAUUUAGGACCAAUAAUAGAGAGACACAGGAAUUCAAGGAUGUCUACGAAGUCUUUGAAACAUCACAAGCUGUGAAGCAUGGCAACUCUGGAGGUCCUAAGGAAACAACAAGCUCGAUGGUAAGUGAGGCUAAGAUGGAAUACAUAAGGCAGAAGUUCAUGGAUGUCAAACGUCUCUCUACUGACGAGAAACUUCAGCAUUCAAAGGAAUUUCAUGAUGCAUUGGAUGUCUUGGAUUCUAAUAAAGACGUUUUGCUGAAAUUCUUGCAAGAACCAGAUUCUCUGUUCACAAGACAUCUCCAUGAUCUGCAAGGUAUUCCUCCCCCUCCGCCAUCAGGGCACAUAACUGUUCUAAAGUCAUCCAAUGCCCACAAGUAUGAGAAAUGGAAACUAGAGAGAGAACAGUGGAGGGAUGAUACAAGUUAUUGCAGAAAAUCUCCACAAGAUGGGGGUAUUAGUCACUCACCAAAUAAACAUACUGUUCGCACUUCGAGCAAGGUGUACAAAGUUCGAGCUGAAAAAGGGAACGAAGUGUCCCUUCUCCCAACAAGGAUUGUGGUUCUUAAGCCAAAUGUUGGAUCAUUGCAAAAGCCAUCACGACCUGUGCCGUUUCCAAAUUCUCAGGAAGACCUUCAAUCAGCUCAUGGGAAACAUAGAAGUUCCGGGAACAGGGCUGUAGAAGUGAGGGAUCGGAGGCUCUCUUCUAGAGAAGUCGAAGUUUUGAAACAUAGGGCUCAUGGAUCUCAGGAGAUUGCAAAGGAGAUCACAAGACAAAUGAGGAACGGUGUCAGGAGCAGAAGCUCAACGAAAGUUGCGAGCUCUGGUCCUGGAGGAUAUGGUGGGGAUUAUAGCUCCUGCACAAGUUCGGUUAAUGAUUUCGUCGAUGAUUCUGAUGUGAGGAAUCGGAAAAGCAAAUACAGUCCAUCAACAUCCUAUUCAACCGAGUCAUCUGUUUCCAGGGAGGCCAAGAAGCGAAUCUCAGAAAGGUUGAAAAUGACCAACAGUUCUCAGAAAGUGCGAAGACCUAGUAGGAGCAAUACGCUGGGUGAAAUGCUUGCUAUGCCUGACAGAGAAACAAGGCCUGCAAAUCAGGAAGAUAACUCCGACAGAUUGGCUUCAAAUGACGGGGUUGCAAAAUGGGGAACUCCUUUGGGUAUCAGCAGUAGAGAUGGUUGGAAGGAUGAAUAUGCCAGAAGCCUCCCAAGAUCGAGAUCCCUUCCAUCAUCCUCUACGGUUUUAAGCCCGAGAAAAGUUAUCAGAGAUGGAGCAUUUGGCAGUGAUAGGUCUUCAUUUACGAAAGGGGCUAUAAAUAGGGGAUCAAAUCAGUCGAGGAGGCCCGAAUAUGACCAUCGAGAAGGGUUCUUCACCAAAAACAGCAUAAGAUCUGGGAGAAGAAGGUCUAAUUCGUUUUCACAUGCAGUUUUAGAUUAUAUUCCUAACCUGCAAGAAGCUCAUCUCAAACCAGAUGAACUAAGGGCUAACGAAAAGAAUGAUCUGCUGGAAAGUACUUCUAUUGCUCUUGCUCAAUCUGACAGUGAUCCAGAUGUUACAUCACCAAUUACUAUUGAGAUUCCUUGUGACAUGCCUGGGGAUGCUGAGAUGUGCUGGAACCAAGAAAGAAAAGAUACUGAGAUGUGCUACGAAUCUCUUGCAACUCCUGAACCAAAAACCAGUGCCUCGUCAUUGAAAGAUGAAAACUCCGUGGAGACUGAUCUAGAUGUUCCAAUUCACGAGAAGUUCUCAACCGAAGAAGCCCCAGAGGAGUGCUUGCAUUCCGCAACAAAUCCUGUGACUGAAUCAGAAUCUCCUAGGUGCUCCAAAGAAGCCGAACAACCUAGUCCGGUUUCUAUUCUUGAACCUGUGUUUGUAGAUGAGGCCUCACCUGAUUCGGAUUGCUUCGGGAGUGUCAGUGCUGACCUCCAAGGUCUCAGAAUGCAACUACAACUUUUGAAGUUAGAAUCUACUGAAGAUGCUUACUCGGAAGAUAUGGAAAUGGCUGUGUCAAGCGAUGAUGAAACUGGAGAAGGGUCUGUUUGUUUUUCAAAUGAGAAAGGAGAUCUAAUAGAAAGGCUUAGUGGCGAAAAUAGCAGGGACUUCUCCUAUCUAAUUGACGUGUUGGUUGACUCGCAAUUUCUUGAUUCAGACACCAAUAUGCAACUGACAACAUGGUAUGCUCCAGAUUGUCCACUUAAUUUAUCUGCAUUUGAAAAUCUAGAAAAAAAGUACAAUGGAGAUGCAACAGAAUGGCUAAGGUCAGAAAGGAGACUAUUAUUUGACAGAAUAAACUCGGGAUUGAUUAAGAUUCUUCAGCAACACGAAGACCCGCAUCCAUGGGUAAAAGCAACACGAAAAAUAGGACGUGGGUUUAGAAAAGAACCACUUGAGGAAGAGCUGUGGAAGUUGUUGUUGGCUAGUGAGAGAGAGGAAGAGUCGGCAGAAAAUGUGAUGGUUAUGGGCAAAGAUAUAAGGUGGUUGGAAUUGGGAGAUGAAAUUGAUGUGGUGGGCAGAGAAAUAGAAAGAUCUUUAAUGGAUGAAUUGGUAGCAGAGUUUCUACUGAGUGUGUUAAAAAAUUGAGUUUGGACUACCCAAAUCUAGUUUUUUUGUAUCGGGCAUCAGAUUAUAUAUAUACCAGUAAAAUGUAUCAAAAGUUUCAAACAUUAUAUUUCGUUUACAUCAUGAAAAUCCGAUAGUAGUAAA